GCGCGUGCCCUGGAAAAUUCCACUCUCGAGCUCGCUCCAUCCUGUGCGCCUUCUCUCUGGCUCCGCGUUCCACAGGCUCAGCUCCAAUCCCGGCAGCCUUUGCGUGAACGAAAUGGCGGCCCCCGUGCCUUGGGGGUUGUCUUGCUUAUACAGGACUUUAGGUUGGUGGUAUCGGCAGCCUGUUCUGGUGACUCAAUCUACAGCUGUAAUUUCAGUAAGAACCAAAAAACGUUUCAGACCCCCUCCUCAUGAACCCAAAUAUAAAACAGAGAAGGAGUUUCUGGAAUAUGCCAGGAAAGCAGGAUUGGUUAUCCCUCAGGAACGUUUGGAACGUCCUAUACAUCUGGCAUGUACAGCUGGCAUAUUUGAUGCCUAUGUCCCUCCUGAAGGUGAUGCUCGGAUGUCAUCUCUUUCAAGGGAAGGACUAGCACAGAGAACUGAACGAUUAAAGAAGAAUGUAGCGUCACAGUUGUCGAUCCGAAAGAUAAAAGAAUUUGAUGCUGAUUUUAAAGCAAAGGACUUCCCUGACAAAGCUAAGGAUAUCUUCAUUGAAGCUCACCUUUGUCUAAACAACUCAGACCAUGACCGACUUCAUACCUUAGUAACUGAACACUGUUUUCCGGAUAUGGUCUGGGACCUCAAGUAUAAGACCGUCCGCUGGAGCUUUGUGGAAUCUUUAGAGCCAGCCCAGGUGGUUCAGGUUCGCUGUUCAAGCCUGGUAAACCAGAGCAACAUGUAUGGCCAGGUCACUGUUCGGCUGCAUACACGGCAGACUCUGGCUAUCUAUGAUCGGUUUGGCCAAUUGAUGUAUGGACAGGAAGACAUACCCAAGGAUGUCCUAGAGUAUAUUGUGUUUGAAAGACACCUGCUGAAUCCAUAUGGAAGUUGGAGAAUGCAUGGCAAGAUUGUACCCCCAUGGGCACCCCCUAAGCAGUCCAUUCUUAAGACUUUGAUGGUUCCCGGUCCUCAGCUGAAACCCUGGGAGGACUACGAGGAGGUACAAGGAGAGGCCCAGAAACCUCAGCUAGCCUGAUGGCAAAAGUGACUCCUGGAGGGGAACCCAGGUGAUGGGGCUGAUAGAAGCUGCAAAGUCAUCACUACCCAGUAGGCUUCCCCUGCUCUGUCCUGCCUUGCCUGGGUCUUUUCAGCAGGCCUGUCAUCAGUCAUAGCUGAUAUCUGGGCCCAGGUAGGUGGCUGAGAUGCUCAGCCAUGGACCAGUUUUCUUUUUAAAAUCAUAGUUUGGUUUCUGAGUCUAAAUGAAAAGUAGUAUGUUUGAGAGAACAAAUACCUGAUACCAGGUUUUUUUCAUAGCAGGAACUGUGGAAGCAAACUGACAGCAUUCUUUUUUUUUAAAUCAUGGGGCAGGGAUCAGAGUUUGAAAUAAAGUAUCUUCAAAGUGCUGAGCAAUUUGAA